AUGCUUCCAGGAUUUAGUGCUGAAUUAAUGCCUAAAGGUCGUGAAAAGGAAAGCCAGGCAAAGAACAAGUGUUCCUUUGUGGGGUGGGGAAGAAACUCACAUGGUUUAGUGAAUAGCUUAACGUGUCUUGCAGAGUUGGAUAGCUCAAAUCCAAAACUCAUGAAUGAGUUACGUAUAAUUCGAAAAGCACGAGGUUCUGGUCUCGAAAUUAGAGAACAUAUGAGCAAAGUCUUUUCUCCAGAGAUAGACAUGAUGGGGAUGUUUGGAGGCGGGGACAAGUAG